CGACGGGAUCCAACAUCAGAACCCCAGGAAACACAAGCUUGCCAUUCAAUUGCUUGUCGGAUGCGGACAAAAUGGCGCCCAUCACUAUCCAUUUGUCCUGUUCGCAUCGCUGUGGCUUUACCGCCAAGAAUCGACACGGACUGCCUCUCUAACUUCAACCUCUACUUAAUAGUCGCGGCUGCCGACCGACUCUGGACGAUCAACACCCACCUGCCACCUCACCGGUCUCUUAACCUUAACAGACCCUCUUUUCAAUUAUGGCUGAAGUUAAGCAGGCCGAGACUGGCACGACGCCAGUGGCUAAGUCCGACGACGAGGUGUCAAUCAUGGAGAGAGGAGUGCCUCCCAAGCGGUCCAUCUGGAAAGCUUGGAUGUACAUGUUCGAUUGGUAUCCUAGCCAUUACUCUGUCGAAGAGCGCAAGCUUCUUAGGAAGCUCGAUUACACGCUGAUGCCGUUUUGCUGCUUGAUGUUCUUCAUUAAAUGGCUAGAUCAGUCCAAUCUAAACAAUGCAUACGUAUCAGGAAUGAAGGAAGAGCUGAAGCUGAAUGGCAACCAGUAUUCCUUAUUUGGAACCUUCUACAACGUUGGAUAUUUGCUCUUCGAGAUCCCCUCAAUGAUGUUGCUCUCCCGCCCCCACCUCGCGCGGUGGUACGUUCCCAGCAUGGAAGUUGCCUGGUCGGCCCUGACCUUCAUCCAAUGCCGCCUACGCAACGAGUACGACAUCUACGGUCUCCGGUUCCUCCUCGGUGUUCUCGAGACGCCCGCCUCCACCGGAUCGCUUUAUAUCCUCUCAUCCUGGUAUCGCGCUGACGAACUGUUUAAGAGAGCCGGCGUUUGGUACGUGUCGAGUAACGCUGGUGCCAUGUUUGGAGGUUAUCUUCAGGCGGCGGCUUACAACAACCUUAACGGUGUCAUGGGGCGAUCGGGAUGGAGGUGGCUGUUUAUCAUCGAUGGCUGCAUUAGUUUGCCGAUUGCUUUGGCUGGAUAUAUGAUCUUCCCCGGAUUGCCGUCGAGCCCAAGGAUCUGGUAUAUGAACGAGGCUGAGCAUGAGCUGGCAAGGAAGCGUAUGAUUGACGACGGUGUCAAGCCUAGCAAGAAGAUUGGGAAGGCUAUGUUGAAGAGGGUCUUUACGAGAUGGCAUCUAUACGUUGCUGUUCUCUGUUAUGUCUGCUUUCAAUGCUCGUCUUAUCCGACAGGGCAAAUGGGUCUGUGGCUUAAAGACGAGGCCAAGAAGCACGGAACAUACACAGUCGCCCAGAUCAACACCAUUCCUACUGCGGUCCAAGGUCUUGCCAUUAUCUCAGCUAUCCUCGCAACUUCGUUGUGUAUGAUCUAUCCUCUGUGGAUUAUAUCGUCGGUUGUUUGCGCUAUUCUGUUGUUUUGCAACCUCGUCCUUCUGGCCUGGGAUGUCCCGGUUGGCCUACAUUACACGGCUAAUCUACUACUUGGAUUAACUUCUGCGGUUACGCCGAUUUUGUUCCCUUGGGUGAACAUCAUUAUGAAAGAUGAUGCAGAGGCAAGAGCCUUUACGACGGGAGCAAUGAUGACUGUCGGAUGGGCUUUCUUCUCAUUCUACCCAAUCACAGUGUUCCCAGUGGUUGAAGCACCCAAAUGGAGAAAGGGCUACACUGUGAAUACCGUCUUACUCUGUCUCUUUUGGGCAGUCUUUAUGCUUGGAAUGUUCCUUCACAGAAGAGAAACCAAGAAGGCGGAAAGAGAUGCCGAAUCCGAAAUCCCCAUGGAGACCGAGAAAAGGUCUGGGGAGUUUGAUCACGUUGACGUGGUGGCGGGGAAGAGCUCAGAAGAGGACAAGAUUUGAUUAUUUAACAUGAAAGUAUUAGCGAGUCGUGUGGGAGCAAUAAUGUUUUCAAUCAAAUUACGUUUUGUUACGAAACCCAGUUUCUUUUUGUUACAGUUCAAUCACAAGCAUUGUUCAGAAG